GUCAAAGGUUAUGAGCCUGACAGCGCCACAUGUAUGUUGUUGUGUUGUUCUUGCCGGGCGAUCCUAAGGGUUUAACGUGUAUAACUGCUUUUUUUGGGUCUUGUGGUCUUUAGGACCAGGGUCUGGCUUGUUGUGGUGUCCAUAUUUGAGGUGAGAUGAGGAACCUGAAGCUGCUGAAGAGCCUGAGGAGCUGUGAGCUGCAGUGUCUGGGCUCUCCACAGUGUUUCUCUGUGCGUGGUGAUACAGGAUCACUACUGCUGGCAUCUCAGUACUCCAUCACAGAAUAUGACCCCCGAACUGGUCAGGUUGUGAGUGAAGCCUCUUUGACAGCGGAUAGUUUCCUUCCUGAAGAUGGCAGUGGUGUGGUGGUCGGACUGCAGGACCUCGCUGAAGUAGAGUCAGCCUGUUUGGCCACAGCAGGUGGAGAUGUGAUCCUCUUCAACCUCAACACCUGCCAGUUGGAGUGUGUUGGCAGUGUGGACAGUGGUCUGACCUCAAUGAGCUGGAGUCCUGAUGAAGAGCUUGUUAUUCUUACUACAGGUCAGGAAACGGUCAUCAUGAUGACUAAAGAUUUUGAGCCGAUCACUGAGAUGGGAAUUCAUCAGGAUGACUUUGGUGAAGGCAAAUUCAUCACAGUGGGAUGGGGGAAGAAGGAGACCCAGUUCCAUGGCUCUGAGGGCAAACAGGCAGCACAGAGGAAGGCUGUGGAGGUGCAGCCGGCUGCAGUGUGGGAUGACCGCAGGCCCAGGGUCACCUGGCGAGGUGAUGGUCAGCUGUUCGCUGUCAGUGCCGUCUGUCCUCAGACCGGAGCCCGCAAGGUCCGGGUGUGGAACAGAGAGGGCGUCUUACAGGCUACCAGUGAGCCCAUCAAUGGUCUGGAGCAGGCGCUCUGCUGGAAGCCUUCAGGCAGUCUGAUAGCGAGCACUCAACGUCAUCCCAACAAACACAGUGUGGUGUUUAUGGAGAAGAAUGGACUUCUGCAUGGAGACUUCACCCUGCCCUUCAGCAAGGACCAGGUCAAGGUGAAGAAACUGCUGUGGAACAGUGACUCCUCUGUUUUAGCUGUUUGGUUGCAGGACAUGACAGCUGGUGAAGAUGGAAACGUCAGCUCCUACAUCCAGCUGUGGACGGUGGGAAACUACCACUGGUACCUGAAGCAGAGUCUGGACUUUGGUAGAGACCCUCAAAAGGCUCCCGCUUGUGUCUGUUGGGAUCCAGAGCGCCCCCUCCAGCUCCACGUAGUGACCUGCGACUGGACCACCAUCGCCUACGACUGGGGCUGGACAACAGAACGGAGCCCGGGCCUGGAUGCCACCGACAACGCCAACGUGGCUGUGAUAGACGGAGAUAAAAUCCUGGUGACGACCUUCAGGCAGUGUGUGGUCCCUCCUCCCAUGUGUUCAUUUGAGCUCCAGCUCAAAUCUCCAGUCAACCAGGUCACCUUCCUCUGUCAACCUCAGAGGACCAAUCAGCUGGCAGCAUUUACUGCUGAUGGACUGAUCUCAAUUUUCAGUCAAGACACAGAACAACAGGCUGAUAAAACAGUGAACGGGUUCAGAACUGUGUCUCAUCCCUUGGUCCUUCAGAAAACCUUCAGAGUGUCGGUUCUGCAGCAGGAACCACUGGCCUUGCGACAGCUGCUGUGGUUGAACCAUGACAUGUUUGUCGGUGUGAGCCCCGGUCUGCUGCCGACCUCCUCCACUGUGUUGAUUCUACACCCCUCUGAGGACUCCCAGGACACACUUAAUGUCAGAUGUGAGGUGGAGGUGGCCGGUGAGGUGAUCAGUAUGGUUCACUGCACUCAGACGGGAACUGUGGCUCUGCAGCUGGAGGAUGGGCAAAUCAAGAAACUGCUCUGGGACUGUGCUGAGCCCUCGGUGGUGGAGUGGCGGGACUCUAACGGCUGCAGCAUCAGUUUUCCUGUUCCCUGUGUUCAGACUGUGCUCUGCAACAUCGGCCAAGAGGAGUAUCUGCUCGGCCUGACAGAUAGAUCCCACCUGUAUGCUGGAGACACAGAGCUUGCCUCCAAUAUUUCAUCCUUCUCCGUUUGCAAUGACUUCCUCGUCAUCACGACACAUUCACACACCUGCCGAUGCCUAGAACUGAGCACGCUCACUGUCAAAGGACUUCAGGCAGCCUUGGCUUCAGAUGGAGGCCAAAACGAUGAGACACUCCGCCGGGUGGAGAGGGGAUCCAGGAUUGUCACUGUGGUUCCACAGGACACCAGAGUGAUUCUACAGAUGCCUCGUGGGAAUUUGGAGACUGUGCAUCAUCGAGCUUUGGUUUUAGCUCAACUCAGGAGGUGGUUGGACAGUUUGAAAUUCAGAGAAUCGUUUGAGUGUAUGAGAAAGUUAAGGAUCAACUUGAACCUCAUCUAUGACCACAGUCCAAAGGUUUUUCUUGAGAACAUCGAGACCUUCAUCACACAACUCGACUCCAUCAACCACAUCAAUCUCUUCCUCACUGAGCUGAAAGAGGAGGAUACAACCAGUACCAUGUACCCCCGUCCAGAGAACAGCCCAGUCAGGCCCCAGACAGCAUCCGGAAAGAAGAAAGUGGAUGUGGUCUGUGAUGCUUUGAAGAGCACAAUGGAGUCAAUGGACCCAAAUAAGUUCUGUUUAUCCAUACUAACAGCUCAUGUGAAGAAGACGGUUCCAGAGCUGGAGAUCGCACUGCAGAAGGUCCAUGAGCUUCGAGCAAACCCUCCCAAAUCCCCUGGUGCUGUGAGCGCUGAAGAGGCCUUGAAGUACCUCCUCUUCCUCGUAAACGUCAACGACCUGUACGAACACUCUUUAGGAACCUACGACUUCGACCUCGUGCUCAUGGUGGCAGAGAAAUCCCAAAAGGAUCCAAAAGAGUAUCUACCAUUCUUAAAUAUGCUGAAGAGCCUGGAGCCGAAUUACCAGCGCUUCACCAUCGACAAACACCUGAAACGCUACAGAAAGGCCCUGUUUCAUCUCAGCAAAUGUGGAAGGGAACAUUUCCCAGAAGCCCUGCAACUGGUGAAACAGCAGAAACUCUACAAUGAAGCUCUUCGACUGUUUACGGCUGACAGUGCUCAGUACAAGGCUCUGAGCUGCGCGUAUGCCGAGCACCUGGUGGAGCAGCAGCAGGCGGAGCAGGCUGGCCUGUUGCUAUGGCGAUGUGGUGAGAUAACUAGCGCCCUGCAGGCCUUCGCUACCAGCAACAGUUGGAGAAAUGCGAUCUGUGUGGCACAACAAAUCCCACUGCCACCCGACCAGUUGGCGCUACUCGCAAGAGACUUGGCAGAGAAAUUAACAGAACAGCGGCGGUACUCAGAGGCCGCUCUACUGUUGGACCAGUACGCCAAAGACUGUGAGGAAGCCAUCCUGGCUUUGAUCACAGGUGCAGUUUGGGAGGAGGCUCUCAGAUUGAUUUACAUGCACAACAGACAGGACAUCACUGAGACCAACCUGAAACCUGCUCUGCUUGAAGCCGUCAACACUCAGACCGUCUUUCUGGAGGCUCAGAUGACGACAUUUACACGACACAAAACCCGACUGGCUGUAGUUCGAGAGCAGAAAGAGAAGGCCAGACUGGACAUGCUCGAUGAGGACGGUCCAGACUGUGCUGAUGCUGAGCUUUACUCUGAAGCCAGCAGCGUGAUGACGGGCUCCAAAUAUUCCCACAGCAACUCUCGCAUCUCCUCGAGAUCAUCUAAGAACCGACGGAAAGCUGAGAGGAAGAAGCUGAGUCUGAAGGAGGGAAGCCCAUUGGAAGACAAAGCACUGAUGUACGCUCUGGGCGAAAUCAUCACCACUGUGGACAAGAUGAGAGAGGAGGUUCACAGCCUGCUGAAGACCCUGGUGCUGUUCCAAUUCGACAAACAUGCAGAGAAGCUCCAACAGGCCUACGACGAGGCUCUGCACAAGAUGGAGGCGGCAAUUCCUGAGGUGUGGCCAGACGGGCUGCAGAACAACCAAGCCCCGCUCACUGGUCCGAAUUCCACUGCAAACAGUAUCAUGGCUUCUUUCCAGCAACAGCAGAGACCUGCAUCUUCCCCACAAGAUGCCGAAGUUCUAGCGCCACCAAAGAUGAGAAACAGUGUGAAGUGGAAGCUCAAUGUUCUGACAUGAAGAAGUUUUGUUGUUUUUUUUAAUUCUGUAUACUGUUAAUUAUGUAUUAAUAAACUCUCAACUGAACGUCUCUCCUGGA